AUGGAUCAACUCAACGUUAAAGAACAACAAGAAUUCCAACAAGUUGUUGAACAAAAGCAGAUGAAGGACUUUAUGAGAUUGUAUUCUAAUUUGGUCUCUAGAUGUUUCGAUGACUGUGUUAACGAUUUCACUUCAGCUAGUUUGACCAGCAAGGAAAGCUCUUGUAUCCUGAAGUGCUCAGAAAAGUUCUUGAAACAUAGUGAGAGAGUUGGGCAACGAUUCCAAGAACAAAAGUAUGUAUUCAAAAUUUUACUUGCCACAUUGCGCAUCAGAUAUUAA